AUGUCAACCAAAGAUGACGAUAUUGAUAAACAAUUAUCAACUAUUAGUUCUACUUUAAUAUCUCCAAAAUAUUCGACUUUAACCAUGCGAUUUCAACGUACUCAUUCUUGGUCAACUGCUUCGUCUUCAGGUGAAGAACAUCAGUUAUAUGAAGAAGAGUUAAUACCACCUGAUAAUUUUACUAUGGUUUCAACUUGGAUUUAUAGAAGUAGUUUUCCGAAAAAAAAGAACUUUGCGUUUUUGAAGAAACUUGGUUUACGAAGCAUUUUGUAUGGAACUUUGAUCUUGGAAGAAUAUCCUGAGCAAAAUAAGAAGUUUCUGGAAGCAAAUAAUAUUGAAUUGUUUCAAUUCGGAAUUGCGGGAAAUAAGCAUCGAACAGGUUGUUUAAUUGGAUGUCUUCGUAAAGUACAACGAUGGUCAUAUACAUCAAUAUUUGAUGAAUACCGACGAUUUUCUCAUCCUAAAUCACGAUCAAUGGAUCAACAAUUUAUUGAAUUAUUUGAUACUAGUCAGGUUUGGAAACUUGUAGAUAAAAAUUAUAUUCCAAAAUGGGAAGUUUUGGGUGAUCCUUGGUAA